CCAAAACGCCCUGCGACUGGCUGCGGCAGCGAGUGGGCAGGACUGCUCAACGGGUUUAUUUAUUCUUUCAUUAUUUCGAGACCUCAUACUGCUUUAAAUGCAAGUGAACCAGCUGUCUAUUCAGAACACUGUUUGUUAACAUUUUAACUGAAUAGAUAUUUCAGAUAAUUGCAGAUCUGGGCGUUUUAUUGCAAAUUAAUAGCAGUUGAUGUCAAUAAUGGAGGUGGAGUUGUCAAAUGCUCAUCGAAGUCAACAGAAAUCGAGACUCAACAGACCAGGCAACAUUCUUCCAGUCUUCAACUGUCCAAUUUUGGACAUGGAACUAAUUGACAUCCUGUGGAGACAGGACAUUGACCUGGGCGCGGGGAGGGAGGUGUUUGACCUGAGCCUGCGGCAGAAGGAGGACGACCUGCGCAGGAAGAGGGAGCUGGAGGAGGACAAGAGGCUGCAGCUGCAGAGGGAGCAGGAGAAGGCCUUGCUGGAACAGCAGCAACUAGACGAGGAGACAGGAGAAUUUGUGCACAGCCUGCCACCCAGGCAGGGAGAGGUGUCCGACACAGAUGCCAUCCCACAAAGGAGUGACCAGAACACCCUUUUUCCCAGCGUGAAUGAGGAUGCACUUUCAUUUGAUGAGUGCAUGCAGCUUCUCGCUGAUAAUUUCCCUCUAAUAGAAGCCAUAGAGCCCAGCCAUCCCUCUGUUGAAAUCCUGCCCUCCUCUUCCAUUGGCAACAUUAGGCCUGACAUGCCGACCUCCCAGCCGUCACCCGUGGCCCAGAAUCCCAUGCUGUCUGCUCUGCUGUCCCCCAACAAAGCUUCCAUAACAGUGCCUGUGUCUCUGGCACCAGCCCCUGUGGACGUGGAGCAUGCCUGGAUGGAUCUGCUCUCUUUGCCUGAGCUCCAGCGGUGCCUAAAUAUGCAAAUAUCUGAGAACCUGGACCAGGAUUCCUAUUCCACCACAACCGUGCCCUUGCAGGUGGAGGACACCAACUACAGCUUCUACUUGCCUGAGCUCCAAGGCUUAGUCCCAGACAUGGACACCAUAUCACCAGUCCCGCUCCUCAACAGCUACAAUGGGAUGGUUCCCCCUGACAACCUCAACCAAAUGACUCUGAAAGCCCCGGAGCACAAUGCAACCUAUGCUACAGACAGCCUUUGUGAGCUAUUAUACACUGACCCGUCAAACGCAGAACCAAGCUCCCCCAUGUUGCCCUGUACUACCAAUGACACCAUCCCACUGGAAGUAUUACCACACAGACAUCUGGAAACAUCAGAAAUACAUGACUCACAGAUUUCACUGACAGAAGACAAGAAAGCUACAGAGUUCACUGACUCUGAUUCCGGUGUUUCACUGGAUACAGGCCUCAAUUUCAGCUCGCCAGGGAAAUCCCAUCAGGAUGACAGUUCAAUGGAAUACUGCGACUCAGAUCUGGAGGAGAUGGACAGCAACCCAGGCAGCAACCAGUCUGACUAUACAGAGAUGUUCUCACUGUCUCUAAAUGGAGAAGAAAAGUCAUCCCCUGACAACUACUGUACGCCAUCUCUCCUAACAACAGACAGCCUGCCCUACUCAAAGAGUGAGCCCAUAGAGGGAAACAGCCAGAACCAGCAUCCCUUCACCAAAGACAAGCCGAGGAGGCGCUCUCCAGGCCGCCAAUCCCGUCUGUCCAGAGACGAACAUCGGGCCAAGAUCCUGGAAAUCCCCUUUGCUGUGGAGCUCAUCAUCAACCUUCCAGUAGAUGACUUCAAUGAGCUCAUGUCCAAGCAUCAGCUCAAUGAGGCACAGUUGGUCCUGGUCCGAGACAUCCGCAGACGGGGCAAGAACAAGGUGGCUGCCCAGAACUGCCGCAAGCGAAAGAUGGAGAGCAUCUCGGGCCUGGAGGGGGAGCUUGACACCCUGCGAGAAGAGAAGGAACGCCUGCUUAGGGAGAAGGCCCAAAGAGACAGCAGUCUGAAGGAGUUGAAGCAGCAGCUCGGGGGUUUGUACAUGGAAGUGUUCAGUUUACUGAGAGACGAGGAUGGGAAGCCCUACUCUCCCAGCGACUACUCCCUCCAGCAGACCUCAGAUGGAAGCAUGUUCCUAGUGCCACGUGUUAAAAGGACACUUAAGGGUGAUGACAAUUAGUCUCCUCCAGCACCAGUUGUACUUCUUUAUGUUGGUUCAUAUCUACUCUACAACUACCAUGCUCAAGUUCUAUGCAAGACUGUUUUGCCUAAAGGGAUAUUUUACUCAAACCUUAUUUUAAUACUUUGUUCAUAAGUUUAAAAAAAACAGGUGCGCUUGUCGUUGUUCUUUUGGUACACAGAAAAGUCAAAUGUAUCUUUAUUUUGAUUAUUUAUCCCUGCAUGGAAAGCUCUUCGUAUUCAAAACUUGAUGGCUGACAGCAAUUAUUUUUUUGGGGGGGGGCUACAUUAUAAAUUAACAAAAUACCAAAAGACAGUUUUUGGAUCAAAUUUAAUUUUAAGGAGUACUGAAAAUGUAGUGGUGCUUAGGUUAAUUAUACAUGGUUUAUGCCAUGAUAUUGUAAAUAUUGAAAUCUCUCAUUUUGUACUGCAAUAUUGUUUAAAUGUUACUUUGCCCAAAACUAUGUAAAUAUUUUUCUACCUUAUUUGCUAUUAAGAUAUGAAAUGUAGUGUACAGUAUAUAUCAUGUUCUUAGUAUGAAUUUUAUUUUGUUGCAAAUCCUUUUGUCUAUUUUAUACAUGAUUUUACUAUAAAUAACUGCUAUGGUUUAUAAUUGCUA